CCUGGACGUGAAGCCGACACCUGUUGCCUUGUGGGGGGGAGUCGAAGGAGAAUAAACUCCCAGAUCUUUAAAGUGGAAAAAAAAUAAUAAUAAGGACCAGUUUCAGUUUUUUGCCCAGUCCAGUGACUCUGCUCCCAGCAAAGUGACGCUCCCAACGGACUAAAAACAAACAAGCGGAUGAUCCGUCUCUGAGAGGGGGGGAACCGAGCUGAAAGAAGAAUGAGCAUGCUGCUGGCUGCGUGAGUGACAGCCAUGAAGCCCACCAGAUCCCAUUGGCAGACUUUCCUUGUGGUGGCAGUUUGUUGCCACUUAUUGGCUGUUGAAGGUGUAAGGUCGGAGGUCCUGGGAAAAGUUGGAGGCUUGGUGGAGCUCGGGUGUAGCGUUCCCCCAACGGACCCAGCAUCCCUGCAUGUGGUGGAGUGGAUACGACAAGGACUGGACAUUCCGGUCCUUAUUAAGUUCGGAUCCUAUGCACCGCGAGUCAAUCCACAUUACGAGGGUCGAGUAUCUCUGGUGAGACUCACAAACCUGAGGCUGGAGCGCCUGCAGCUGGACGACCAGGGCUUCAAAACCCCGCCUCCUGUUGUGGAGGCCCUGGUUGGAAGUCACCUCUUUCUCCCCUGUGUCGCCAACGGCAACCCUUCUCCAACCAUCACCUGGCUAAAAGAUGGCGGUGUCAUUGACAGUUCCAGUUAUCAGGGGGGUGGCUUAUCGCUGCGAGCAGUCAGCGCGCAGACAGCGGGACUAUACACCUGCCACGCCUCCAACGCUGAGGGAAACGUGACCAGCAUGGCCAAAGUAAAGAUCAAAGGUCCGCCUGUCAUUGUUGUUCCUCCCAAAAGCAUUUCCAUCAACGUAUCCCAGAAUGCACUUCUCCAGUGCCAGGCUGUGGCGGAUCCUCCAAACAUGACAUACGUGUGGCAGAGAGGAGGAGAAAAUGUCCAUCACGUAGAGUUUCUGAAGUCGCGUGUGAAGAUCAUGGUGGAUGGGACUCUGCUUAUCUCCGGUCUCAUCCCAGAGGACUCGGGGAACUACACCUGUACUCCGACCAACGGCCUGCUGACCCCCCCAUCCGCCUCCGCCAUCCUCACAGUGAUGCAUCCAGCUCAGGCUCUCCAGAUGCCCCGAGAAACAUACCUUCCCACCGGUAUGGAGGGAAUGGUCACUUGCCCCGUUGUGGCUCAGCCUCCACUGCUCCGUGUGGACUGGACAAAAGAUGGAGAACCUCUUGACUUGUCCUUGGACGCGGCCGGCACGUACACGUGCACUCCGCACAAUGGUUACGGCAGCAUGGGCGCUUCGGGGCCGACCAGCGUCAUUUUACAGGACCCCCCAUCAUUCAGCAUCGCUCCAGAGAAGCAAUACAAACAAGACGCUGGUGGAACACUGCUUAUCCCCUGUCAAGGAAACGCCGAGCCAACAAUUAAAGUGACCUGGAGCAAGAUCGACGUGGUCCGUCCCAUCGUUUACGCGAUCGAACCCAACGGGUCCCUGCUGCUGCAGCCCCUGACCAAAGACCACCACGGGGAGUGGGAGUGCAGCGCUUCUAACCGCGUAGCCACAGUGAAGGCCCGCACACACGUCUUUGUCCUGGGAACCAGUCCCCAUGCGGCUACCUCUCUGUCCGUCUCUCCAGGGGUGAGGCAGGCCAACAUAUCCUGGGAGGCUGGCUUUGAUGGAGGAUCAGCACAGACAUUUUCAGUUUGGGGGAAGAAGAUUUCCGCUGGGGAUAAUGAAGGGGAACAGGACUGGUUCUCUGUGCUGGUUCCUCUCUCAUCUGGCACCAGGCUGCAGGUGUCAGGACUCUCUCCUGCCACUGAGUACCAGUUCAGCAUUCUCUCCCAGAAUAAGAUCGGGACAGGGCCCUUCAGUGAGAUCACAACUGCGAAGACCCUGGAUCCUCCGCCGAGCAGAAAUAAACUAAAGCCCCCCGCGCUGCUGUCUGCUAAUCAGGACCCAGCAGGUGUUAUCCUACAAUGGUCCCUUCCUGAAGCACAGCAGCCGCCCAUCACAGGCUUUGUUCUCCAAUCCCGCACCGAGGGAGGGGAGUGGUUUAGUUUGGAUGAAGACAUCAGUGCCAACGAGAGCGAAAUAGUGAUUCCGGGGAUGGAGAUGUCAAACCCGGCCACAUCCCAGCUCCUGGAGUUCGUCCCGGGGUCGUUGCUGGUGGGCGUGCUCGGUGGGCUCGGCUUCAUGUGCCUGGCGCUGGUCUUGCUGCUGGGGUCCGCCUGUGUCAUCAGCCGCAGGAGGAACCAACAGCGCAGAAGGAAAAAGACCGAACCCCUUCCCGCCAUCUAUAAAUGCUCCACAUCAAUAAAGACUUCAGGCAGCAGCAGUCCAGACAGUUUGUUGAAGAGAAACCUGCUCCCGGCCAGCUCCCUCUACGCCACAACUUCCUCCACCAUCACCACCUCCUCCUCGCAAACAGACGGUUCCUCCCUCAGCGUUGACGAUCAUCAUCGACGCAAGCACCUCACGUCCAACUACAGCAGAGGACGCCUCACGAAGACGACCUCUCUAAUUUCCCCUUCAAUCGAGUUGAUAUCUAGAGGCCCCGACGGGCGGUUCACCAUGCCACCCUAUGAUCACGACACCUUGACCAUCGACAGCAUAAGCAAAGUGAGAUACGACCAAUAUUCUGCGGUCAGGAGGUCGGUGUCCCUGCAGUCGGAGGGGGAAGACAUGAAAGAGCGACCGUUUGUGCUUUCGGUUGAUUUCCCACCAUGCAAAACGGUGGAUGAUUCCAAAAGUCAAACAGCCUCCCUGCCACAUCGCAGCCCGCCUGCCGUGAGUCAGAUGGAGAGCUACGACUGCUUCCCCGAUCUUGGCAGCAUGUGUUCCAGCAGUAGUCUGGCCACCGUGCGUCAUCAUCACCACAGACCACUAUCCCCCACGUUUCCCGUGCUCCCUCAUAUCCGAGCAGGCUUCGGUCAGCCCUCGACCACAGCGAGUGCUCUGGUGCUGCAGAUGGAACACGAGCGCGAGACGGGGAACCUGAGCCGCUGUCUGAAACUGGCCCAGGAGAGGGAAGAACUCGAGAAGGAGCUCCAGAGAUACACGAUAGACAGAAACUCCUUGGGGGAAAUGAAGAGUGGGCAACUAGACCUAGAUAGAAGGGGGGGCACUGAUGAGAAGCUUGAAUGGGAAUACAGGAGCAGCACUUUGCCCAGUAGAUAUCACAAGGGUAUCAAGGAAAACUCUCCUCUGUCUCCGAGCCCUUCGAUGUCUUCUUCUGUCCACUGGUACAGCCAAAAUCCUGGUUCCCAGCCAAAUCUGAUGCUGCCAAAGAAGCACCUCAGCACCUCCUCACCUUUCACUCCUUCUUAUUUUACGUCCAACAGUCCCGCUCAUCCACUUUUUGACAAACAACCAGUCCAGUCUGAGGAAGAUGGCGGUUUCCAGAAAGGCAGUUUAACUAUCCCAAGCCUCCCCUCAAAGCGGCAACGACUUAAACGUGCACAGGCAUCACCAGAGGGCUAUUAUGAUUUAGCUCAAUCCAAAGGCAGUCAGUCGAACGAUUCGUGCUCUGAGGCGCAGAGACAGAACGAUCCUAGAAAUGGCAGCUUUUCAACUUUCAGUAUCAAUAGAUACGAUGAAAGAUGCAAUUCAACUCUUGAAGCUGCGCGCGACUCCUCGAGAUUGGAGGCAACAUUCCCUGAACCCGCUGGUGAAAACCUGAGCGUCGAGAUGAGCGUCGAUGAGCCAGAGAUCGAGGCGUUUGUAUCACGGCCCGUGAAGCACAUGCUGCACCACAGAAUUUCCUCUCAUGUACAGCACGGGUGCUCGCUGGCUCAAAGAGGCCGACCGGAAGCGGCGAGGAGGAGCGCGAUUCUGGACAGCCGGAGCCGUGCUUCAGUGGACGACGUGACCGGGGUCCAACGAUCUCUGCAACUUUCUGAGCCGGAUCGGUGGAGGUCUGUGAGCCUGGCUUCGAACGUCUGGGACCCCAAGCAGCGAAGUCAGAGCCUACCAUCGAGGAGGGACAAGAGAAGGGGUUUUCUCGCCCCAGAUGCGUGGGUAGACACUCUGAGCCAGAGGAACUCCUCUGCUGCAUCUUCCAGUCAAACGGACUUACCUUUAUGGAAAUCUCACAGCUCCCCUCAGGGGAAUAGCUCCAAAUCGCCUUCAAAUUCUCCACCAGCUAUCCAAACCACCCUAAAUUCACCACCUGUUAUGGACCAUUUAUCUUCAAGCAGCAGUCCGCAUAGACUGGUACCUAAUCCCAGCAUGUCCCACUCCUAUGAUCCAAGGAUUUCUACAUCCCCUUCAGAUGACGGUGCCAAAUGCGCAGUGGCUUAUCGGGAGUCGAUGAAGGAAGAAGGCUGUGUCUUGAAGAAACCUUCCUCAUGUAUGCUCCCCAAUAACAUCAACCAAGAGGCGUUUGAAGUGGAGGCGGGAGACUACGAGGGAGUUCCAGAGUCCGGGAGCAGCUACAGCAGCUACGCCAGCAGUGGCCGAGGCAGCAUGGAGGCUCCAAACAGGCGUCUUUCCAUGUGUCAGCUUUCCCCGACCCUCAUCAGCUCACCUGAAACCGUAGAGGACACCCAGGGGAGCUCAGCGGACAAGCACAGUCAAAAAGACGAACUAAGGCAAAGGAGAAAGCCCUCUGUAGACGAGAAUUAUGAGUGGGAUGCUACUGAAAUCUGCUCACAACCUGGAGACCAUGAUGGCCUACUUCCUCCAGUGAAUCUACAGAAGCCCACUCUGCGCUUUAGCCUUCCCGGCAUGCAGAGCUCCACCAAAGCAGAGAAAAAUUGCACUGAGCUUUCAUCCCUCUCGGGGCAUCAAAGCAACUCCUCUGCUGAGCCAGAACCAGAAACCGUGCUGUUCUGACACUGCCAGCCUUCGGCUCAUCUCACCCGGUGUGUUCCUUUCCCGUAUUGACUCGGAUCACUAGGUGACAAAAAGCAUAUGUGGCAGAAAGUGAACUUUUUUGUGAUCAGCCUCCACACCCCCUUUUUUUUUAAACGAAACAAAAAAGGCUAGAGGCUAGGGGGUAAGGUAUUCUGUUUGGUCUCUCAGUUAACCCUAAUUUGAAAGUUAAAUAGAGGGGACAUAAAAUCCGCUUUUCCCUUAAGCAAAGCUUUAAAAUUGAGUUAUGCUUUGUGACCCCUGAACCUUCUGUUGUUUUUUUCGCCAAUCUGCUGAUAUCAAAUGAUUUUAGAGGGCUGAUGGUUUCACCGUGUUCCCUUGUGUGGUUUGAUAAAUGAACAUUCAUCAUCAAAGAUGACUCAAUGGCCACAAGGAACAGAACAAUCUUAGUCAUCAAGAUACUUGCGUAUGCCAUGAUAAAUGAUUUGGUUAUCAGAUGUCAUUAGUCACCUUUGAGUUUAACAAAACAAGUGUUUACAGAAUUCGAAUGAAUACUGUAUAAGAAAGACCAUUAAAUUGCAAAAAGGUUAUUGUGCUGCUUUCUCUUCACCUUUCAAAAAUCUCCCUUUAGAAAUGAUUUCCAUAAAAGAUGCUUUAACCCAAAAGCAGCCUAGUCUGGUAGUUGUUAGUUUAUUCAUUUUCACCAACAAUAUGCUUUGUAACCAAAGUCUGUCUUGGCAUGUUUUUUUUUUCUUUUCAUUCUUUUCCUUUCCAGCUACCAUGUUUUUAUCACAACGAGCAUAAAACUUUAGUUAAGUAACUUGACAUCGAUUGAAAGCGAUAUGAAAUUCAUAUCCAUUUUAAAAACUUGGACUAACACCCUUUUCGAGUGCGCGGCCACAUAGGAGUUUUGGAGCUCAAACUUCUUGAUUGUAAAGAAAUCCCCAUGAGCAGAUGAGUCACUUGCAAGAGGCAAAAUCAAUUUGUGCAGAGCUUGAUUCCAAAGGAUUACUGCAAUCAGUUUUUAUUAUAAAAAAAGUCAAGAGCCGGAUUUUAAUUAAAGCUUUUUUUUUUUAAUCGGUAAUACAUCCAGCUAGGGCUUCUUAAUACAGCAGGACAAAAAGCUUUUUUCAAACACUAAUGUGAUUAAUUUCCAGAAGAAUGAGUAUAUUGAGUAUUUUAUAAAGAAUAUAGACACCAAUCACUGUGGACAUUAAUCAACAUUAGUGCCUUACCGCCAAAACUGUUGUUGCUAUUUAAAUGACUGAACAUAAUUAAGUGAAUAUUAAAGUGAGAUAAUAGAAAGUAGAGAUGAAAAGCUGUUGACAAACUGUUGCACAUUAAUUAAUUCUUUGGGGGACCUAUCCAUAAACCUCUUAACUUUAAACCAUGGGAUGAUAAAGAGUGAAAACAAAACAUACAGAUCAGUUGUAAUAAUUUUUAUAGAUGUUGAAUAAUUACAGCAAACAGAUUGUCUUGGUGAUUAUAUAUAUAUAUAUAUAGACAUUAACACAUUGGUGUAUCUUGAAAAAGCGCAUUAAUCCCAUUGGCAAUGUGAAUGUAAACAAAUAAAUUGUAAGUGAACUGAAAAUAGUGGGGGAAAAAAAUCAUCAUCUUGGCUGCCUAUGUGUUUUUGUGCAUUUCUGUUAUUUCACAGUGAAAUUCGUUCCCCUGCUCAUCUCCUGCUCGUCAUGAUGUAGUUCCUGAUGAACUUGUGGCGCUGACCGAUUGCACGCCGUCCUGACAGCUCCGACCUUUGCGGAAAUGAGAACAAUCCAAAAUGGAUACGGCUGUCUUACUCUCUGUGCUGCGCAAAUCAGUUUUAGUUGGGAGUUGUGUGUCUCUGUGUGUGUGUGUGUG